CACACACAGCAGAAUGAAUUUCCUCUCCAUACUUGUCUGCCUGUCACUGGCAGUGUUGGUGAGUUCUGAAGUGCUGUCUUCGAAAUAUAAGAAAAGGAUUUAUGGAAAAGCUUUAAAAGCUGAAGAAACAGCGUUGACGCAGCGACAUUUCAGACCCGUAUUCAACUACAUCGACUCUUCCGGUGACUGUUGCAGAACCCGUAACACCAACUGUGGAUGGGCUCAAAGACGUAUUUCUUACAGAGAAAGUAGGCAAUACAGAAGCAGAGGAUGCUUCUACUAUAGGCCACAGCAAUCUUUAGUCUACUGUGGAUGUGUAGGACAACAACUAUGUUCCGCAACAACUGCUACCGCUACAACCACUACUACAACCGCAACUACGACAACUACAACGACCCCUCCCACCACCACCACCACUACCACUACCACAGCUCCAACAACAACUACAACAACAACAACAACAACUACAACAGUCACAACGACGACAACAACUACAACGCCAACAACAACGACCACCGCCACAACACGAUUUUGUCCUGCUGAGGCAUCUACCACGCCAACCUCCGUCACCAGGUUACUGAACGGCAUCGCCAUCUCCGGCUGCGGUGAGUUCCCAGGACUUGUUGCCAUCCAAACUGCUGCAGGAACUGUAUGUACUGGAGUCAUCACAGGCCCCAAUACCCUGUCUGUACCAAGCAACUGUGCUGUUUUCGUAAACAACGCAGAUGUUGUGGCUCAGGACGGAACCGUUGUCGCAACAGGCAUCACAGCAACCCCCGGCAGUAUUGGUGGUCCAGUAGAAGUGACCUUACCAACAGCUGUAGCAUCUGAUAGCUGCCCCGGCAUCGCCUGCGUCUACUCAAGCACCAUGGCCAACGACAUCCUCCUUGAUACCUGCAAGGUUGCUGCAGCCGGAUAUGCUGAUAAUACCGGAACUACAACUCCUAACUUCGAGUAUCUGGAUAUCCCGUCUCUCCAGCCAACCGACACCUGCCAAGCAAAUCUUGAGGGCACCACCACAGCCUCUUUCUUUGAUUUCACGAACUCUGCCAUCACCUACAACUGCUUCUUCAGUGCUGGUGGUUCCACAUGCGCCGGCGACUUCGGCGGACCAAUUCAGUGUGACCUGACUUCCGGAGAACAGGUGGUGAUUGGGCAGGUAGAGAAUGGCGACUGUACAGCUGGCUCUGCUGUAGGGUUCUACAACCUCGAGACAGCGAGUGUCCGUGCGCUGGCCGUAGGCAUUGACCAAGUCCAGCUGGGAUAACCAUAUCGUAUCAACUGGUCUCUUGUUCCUUGAAGAAUAAACGUUUGAACAUU